GUGCUGAUGGGCACUCCCAUUUACAUCGAGGACACUAGCUACAGGCGAAACUGCUUCCAGUUCAACAUAUGCAUGGUCAUUGAUGGCAACCAACAUCAUGAACCAUAUCGUGACAUUGCUCAAUUGCUCGCCAUGUCAUUCCAGACGUUGGAGGUGGAGACAAAGCUGCUUUCCAAUCCAAGAGAAGGUACAUCCAUUCAGGCUAUCCUCGCACAGCUUCGACAACAGCUCAACGAUGCAGAGGAAUGCUUCGUUUGCACGGACAGCUGCCAUGCAAUUUCCUUCAAGGUUCGUAGGUGGACACCUGCCCUCACUAGGAUUGAGGAUGAAACGGCUGUCCCAGUCCCCUUGGUGGAUUUGCAGAAGCUUUUGGAUCCAGAGAGAAGGUCAGAAUCACAAGGGCCUGAUCUUCAACAAGCUUUGCCCUUCAGUCUCGAUCCCGCAUUGGCAGCGGUUCUGCCACUCAUAGAUGGGGUGAGAAGUGUGCAGACGAUUGCCAACGACAGCCCACUUCGAAGCGACUAUGUCGUGAUGAUCCUGCGGCACUUGAUUCAUUUUGAUUUGAUCCAUUUAAUCCCAAGCAUCACAUUGGACAGCAGAUACAGGUUGACACCUGCUUACCAUGCAGUUCUGGAAGAUGUGGAGAAAGGGCAAGAAGCCGUCCAGUAUGUAACAGCUGGACAAUUGGAUGGGAAGGACCUUGCAGAGGAAGAUCGCUGCAAGGUAAUCCAGCGAGUAAUGGCAUUGUAUGCAUUUGUGGCUUGUGAGGGGAAGCAACUGGAGCAGUUUAAGCAGGAAGAGGCAGAGGAGAUUGCCGCCUUGGACAUUUCCUUACGGCAUUUCGUAACAUGGGGGCUCCUUCAGGGCUAUCUCGAACGCGUCGAGGACAAUGUUGGGAGCUUGAACAAAGAGCAAGCCGACGAGCUGUUUCGCCUACGGACAGAGCAUAUUCCAAAUAGGAAGAAGCAACUGAAGGAGCAAGGACUGUCAGGCAAAGAGGUCAAUCAAGACGACAAAGUCCAGGAGAUGGUCCAAAGGAUGCAGAUGCUGCGCAACGUCGAAGCAUAGGCGCAAAGCGUGCAAGUUCAUCCUUGCGGCUACCUACCUGUUUCGCCGAAACGAGGUCGCCAUGGUCGCCGAGGCCAUCCGUUUCACCUGUCCACUCGGGAAGCGCCUCCAGUUUGCGUCGUGGAAAGGGGUUGAUUUUGGGGUCCGCUAUGUUUUCUUAUUGGAAUGUUCUUGCAUUCUCAAUUGUGGUUGAUAUGAUUGAAAUGUGGUGAUCUUCUCUGGAAUUGCUAUGUUUCCUGCCUCCUACGCUCUCAAGAGUGCCUGACAUCUUGCUGUGCGUCG